AUGUCUGACGUGACGAUGAAAACCGCGGUCACAUCCACCACAGGCACUGUGGCGACGGCCGGAACCCAAGCCGGCGAAGGAGGAGGACCCCAACCCGGCGACAAUGGCGAAGACGCGCCUCCUGCUCCUGACGGCGAAGAGCCUGGUGCCGGCGCCGCUGCAGACGAUGAAGCUCCGCCUCCACCUGAGGAUCCUGUCAUCGCGGCGCUCCGGCGCCUUGUCACGGCAUUUUCUGCCGUCCACCUCGAGUCCGCCAGGCAGGCCGCCACCGUUCAACAGCGUCACUUGUUCUACAACGCCUCGAUGAGUGAUCUCCUCAUCCUAUUGCAGCAGACGGUUGCUGCAGCCGCGGGUCUUGGCCAGGCCGAGACGGCGAUAAGGACGAUCGCCCGUGACCUCGAGAUCGCCGUCCGGGAAGGCGUGGGGAUGGUCACGCGCGACCUGCUUGAGGUUCGGGAGCAACACCGGAUCGCGCACCAACAGCUGUUAGCUUACCUCCGCUUCGUUUUCUUACAGCUAGGUGUCAACAUCGACACUUCCAGCGUACAGCCCCAGCCCGCUAACUAA